AUGGGGCGAUAUGAUAGAAGCAGGUCUUGGUCGAGAUCCCGUUCGCGGGAGAGAGAAAGAAGAGAUAGGGUAGAAGAUAAACGUUAUAGAAGUCGUAGCAGAGAAAGGAAUUAUAGAAGAGGAGUCGGCUACCGUUUAAGAAAACCUAGAUGGGAGCUUUCAAAAUUAGAACCAUUUAAAAAAGAUUUUUACAUACCUCAUCCUGAUGUAGAAGACAGGUCAAUUAGAGAAAUUGAAGAGUUUAGAUCAAUAAAUGAAAUAACCCUGAGGGGAAAAAAUGUUCCUUUACCAAUCAAACACUUUAGAGAAGCUGGAUUCCCUGAUUAUGUUUUAAAAGAAAUCAAAAGGCAAGGUUUUUCUGAACCAACUGUAAUUCAGGCCCAAGGAUGGCCUAUAGCAUUAAGUGGAAGAAAUUUAGUUGGAAUAGCUAAAACUGGAUCUGGAAAGACUUUAUCUUACAUUUUGCCUGCUAUUGUUCACAUUAAUCAUCAGCCUAGACUUCAAAGAGGUGAUGGUCCCAUAGUUUUAGUUUUAGCACCUACUAGAGAAUUGGCUCAGCAAAUAAAAGAAGUAACCGAAGAUUUUGGUCACUCAUCCGGAAUAAGAAACACAUGCAUAUUUGGUGGUGCCAAAAGAUUAUCUCAGGCAAGAGAUUUAGAAAAAGGAGUGGAAAUAGUAAUAGCAACUCCAGGGCGUCUCUUAGAUUUUUUGGAUUGCGGUAAAACUAACCUCAAAAGGACAACAUAUUUGGUUUUAGAUGAAGCUGAUCGUAUGCUUGACAUGGGGUUCGAACCCCAAAUUAGGAAAAUUUUUGAACAAAUUAAACCAGACCGACAAGUUUUGAUGUGGUCUGCAACUUGGCCUAAAGUUGUUAGAAAUUUAGCAAAAGAAUUUUUAAAUGAUUACACUCAAAUUAAUGUUGGUUCGCUACAAUUGUCUGCUAAUCACAACAUUUUGCAAAUUAUCGAUGUAUGCCAAGAUUCGGAAAAAGAAAGAAAAUUGAGUACAUUACUUAAGGAAAUCAUGUCGGAAAAAGAAAACAAAACAAUAGUUUUUAUCGAAACGAAAAAAAGAGUUGAAGAAAUAACAAGAAAAAUGAGAAGAGAUGGAUGGCCUGCUGAAUCGAUUCAUGGUGAUAAAAAUCAAUCUGAAAGAGAUCAUGUAUUACAAGAUUUCAGAAAUGGUAGAAGACCUAUUUUAGUUGCGACGGAUGUAGCAGCACGUGGAUUAGAUGUUGAAGAUGUUAAAUUUGUUAUUAACUUUGACUAUCCAAACAAUUCGGAGGAUUACGUACACAGAAUCGGACGAACAGCAAAAGAUUUAAUAGAAGUAUUAAAAGAGGCUAAUCAAGUUAUUAAUCCGAGACUCUUGGAAUUGGCUGAAAAUAAAUCCUACGGAAGGAAAAUAAAUUAUCGUAGUCGAUACAAUAGGAUAGAUAGAGAACCACGUUUCAAAUCCGAUAUUAGAGAUAAAAGUAGAUCAUCGAGUGUUUCCAGUGCGUUGUCUAGGUCUAGGUUUCGAAGGUCAAGUACAUCCGAAUCUAGUUCGACAUCGAGUUCAAGGUCUAGAUCUAAAUCGAGAGGAAAAUGUAGGGCGAGUUACCGCAGAAAUCGUUCGUCAUCUUCAACGAGUUCUACCUCAUCGGUGAGAUCACCCCCCGUUCGAAAAAAGAGACGAAGGAGUUAUAGUUAUUCAAGUGGAUCUCGAUCGCGGUCAAAAUCAAAUUCUUCGUCUUUAUAA